AAUAGGAUUGUCUAUGAAACCAGAUCAGUGACAUAGAAACAGCACGGUAAAGAGAUGUGCAGGAGAAAAAUCAUUUUGAAUUUAUGAAAGAAGAUAAUUGUUCUUUUAAGGGGCCAUUAUACUUUGAAUGAAUGAAAUCUUUGCACACUAAGGAUAUUUUUCUGGGCAUUUUAUUGCCUGGUUGUAAAUGCGUACACACACAAACACACUGUUAAUUAUUCAAAACAGUGAAAACAGCACCCUGAUUAAUUGAAGGGUUUUCCAGAAAACCUUGGCACCAGAUAUGCUGCUGGAUUAAUUCUUAUUCUACAUCAAAUUGAAUGCUUUCAAGUUGUUAUGGAAGUGUCGUGUUCAUGAAGAAAUGGGGUUUUAUAUUAGUUCACUAUCUCGAGCUGAGUGUGGCAAGUGCCAUCUAGUGGGGCACCAGGUGAAACAGUACCAGACUGCUCCGAGUUAUGACUUCCAGUGGACAGACAUUCAUUACUUGGCAAGUAGAGGAAAUAUGGAACAGCUGCAGAGUCUUCUGCUAAAUUCAGAUCAAGAACAGAUAGACAGAAAAGAUUACUAUGGGAAGACUCCAUUAUACUGGGCUGCAUAUAAGGGGCAACGUAGAUGUAUAGAACUACUUCUGCAAUAUGGUGCUGAUGUAAACAGUCGAUGCAAGCAUGGCGGAAGCCCACUGCAUGCUGCUAUUGGCCUUUUUCCAGAUUGUGCCCGCCUGCUGAUACAGCAUGGUGCUGAUGUGAACCUGAAGGACAACUGGGGUGUGACACCCAUGUAUUUGGCUGCCUGCAGUGGGCAGAUAGAGUGCAUACAACUCUUAGUGCAAGCUGAAGCAGAGAUAACCAUUAGAAACAAGAAAACAGGAGAGCCUCCGAAACAGCUGGCUUCAAAGACUGCAUUCAUUUCCUGGAUUGAAAACUAUCAUAGACACCCACGUUCUUUAAAGCACUGUGCCCGGUUACAGAUAAGGGAGUCUCUUGGGCAUUGCAGAUUGUCUGCUAUCAGAACAUUUAACAUUCCACAGUCUUUAAAACAGUAUCUAAUGUUUGAAGACCUUGCAGUUCUAGACCCUAUGUAGCAAAAUGCAGGAAGCAAAAGUGAAUUUGAGAACACAAGUCAUAAAUACUGUUGAUGAUGGAAACAUCACAGUGAGGUACUGUCUGCUGGAGAUUUGGAUUCCUCAAAAAGUGCAAACAAGACUUUGCUAUACGUGGACUACAGACUACUUAUAAUAAAUUAAUUCAGGGAUUUUAUGACAGGCACACACUUAUGGAGUUUUGUGGCCUUGGUCUGAUUUUUUCCAGUUGUGUUAUUUGUCUCCUAUUCCUUCGACUAUCUACUCUUCAGUGCGACUGUCUUACACUCCCAUGAUGGAAAAGUCAUGGAAAUGUGGGAUUUCACCUUUGGCUUUUGCAUAUAAAGUUUAGUAUUUUACAAUAACCUUGUCUGAAAAGAAACUUGGCAAUUUUCUCAAAGUACUGAAUAAAAAGGCUUGUGAACAUUUA